GUUUGACUUAAUCAUCAUGACUGUAAUGAAUGCGUAAUACUCUCAGCUGCCUCUCUCAAUGGGAGCCAUUAAUGGGCCCCUAUCACCGGGGGCGCUGAUCACUGCAGAGAAGCGAUGCCCGCACAGGGGGAGGGGCCAGGCAGUCUUUCUUUCUUUCUUUCGGGUGUAUGGUAAUAGAUAAGUAUAAGGACCCCCCGGAGGAAUGCGACCACAUCGAAGGGAAUCAAGUCAUUGUGUCGCCUUCUCUCGGCUAAGGAGUCGCUCCAACAUGCAGCAGCUGCUGAUCCUGCCCGCUCUACUCGCAUCCUUCUGGACAGUCUGCACCGGAUCAGGAGAUUGGUGCUACCAGAGCCAGUUUACCUGCGAGCAUCAGUGCAAUGCACCAGAAAAGUGGAACCAUGCCAACCAGGAUUGUGGGGGAAGAUCUCAGUCACCCAUCAAUAUUGUCACCAGAAAGACACUGAAAGACGAGACUCUGACCCCUCUUCAAUUCAAAAACUACCAGCAGACCUUCAGAGGCUCCAUCAAAAACAAUGGCCACUCAGUUCAGGUUGGAAUUCCUAUUAUCAACACCAUCUCAGGAGGAGGCCUACUGACUACAUACAAGGCCGUGCAGUUCCACCUGCACUGGGGCAAAGAUGGAGGGCUUGGCUCUGAACACACCAUUGAUGGGGAACAGUACCCCAUGGAGCUGCACAUCGUUCACAUGAAGAACCAUUAUGUUGAUCUCACAACUGCACUGAGAGAUCCAGUGGGGGUUGCAGUUCUUGGAUUUUUCUACGAGGAGUCCAAGAGUGCAAACCGAAAGUAUGACUCCAUCAUCAAUAUGCUGCAAAGUGUCAGAGCAACAAAUAGCAAUGCCUCUCUGCCCCCCAUCUCCCUGGCACAGCUGAUCCCUCCUGAGCAGAAUCUGACCUCGUACUACCGUUACCAGGGCUCCCUGACCACCCCGGGCUGUACCGAGGCUGUGGUCUGGACUGUGUUUGAGAACCCUAUCCCUUUAAGCAUGGAGCAGCUCAGAGCAUUCUCCAAGGUCCUGUUCCGUGAUAGCAAGUCGAUGGUGAACAACUUCAGGCCUAUUCAGCCCCUCAAUGGCCGGCAGGUGUUCCGCUCAAGAAGUGCCAUGCUCCUGGUCAGCUCUACCCUCCUUGCAGCAGCCCUUGCGAUGGUGUUGGGGCUGUCCCAACUCAACUAAAAGCGAGCCAUCCCAUUCUGCACUGCGACAUCUAUGACCCCAAACAGAUCUGCACCAAUCCUCAGCAGAGACUCUAGUUUCUAUUGUAACACUGACAUGUUUGCAAAGACGAUGGAAAAUGUCGUAGUGCAGGGAUCGCUCAUCUGUUGUUUCCCCCCUUAUGACACAGAUGACAGAGGUGUGUGAGAAACGCCUUAAGAAAGGUGGUGUAAGGGUUCGAUCAGCGUCCAUGCAUGUGUAGUGAAGUAGUAUCUCUUAUUUGAGCCUUAUGAAUGUGCCACAAAGCAAGUUACUGGGCACUCAAAGUCAGUAAUCAAACUCAACACCAGAUUUUUUCUUUGGACAGGAUUUAUUUUCUGUUUACUGCUCUGUACUAACAACCAGUGCAGACGCAAACUCAUUUUACAUCUUUAGUUUUCAUAUUAACUCAUCCACCUUGUCCAAUGUCAGGUAAAUUUAGUGUUAAUACCAGCAUGUGUUGCCAGUGUUUAGAGGGCAAGUGAGCACUAAUGUCAGCCCCAUGACUUGGCACAUAAUAUAUUGUUAUUAACAGAGCAUGUGAAAGGCGUGAAGUUAUAUAUAGCAGAACUGGGUCAUAAAAAAACACUACAACUCAAAGCUAGAGGUCAAAGGAGUAUGCAGCUUGACGUUUCUCUCAAAGUACAGCAGAUUACACCACUACAGCCAGGUCGAGGCCUCUCAGAGGUUUGGUCAGCAGCUCUGUUCUGAGAGUGCUUGUGGGAAAGUUCUUGUUGUAGCUCACCAGAAACCAUGAAGAACAGCUGCAUGAAGUUCUGAGAGUAUCACUCCAGGCUCUCCCCUCCCAGAGUCACCCGAGACAAAGAAGAAGAUGUUAACAUCCCAGCAGUCGCUCAGAAAGACUGUACCAGCUCGCUUUUACAGAGGGAGCAAUUGUUUGACAAGGAUACAAAUUUUCUUUUCUUUUUAACCAUUGGUUUUGUGCAUAUUAUAUAUGAAGAGCAUGAUUCUGCAUGCUGUGAUGUUCCAGAUGUCUGACAUAAGCUACAUGGCUGUUGGAAGUGAGCUUCCAAAUUCCUAAAUUCAUUUGAAUUUUACGGAAGCUUAUUGUGCAAAACUGCCAUUGUUUUCAUUGCUAGUAUUACAGGCAGGUGGAUGCAUUGAUAAUUGUCGAAUGUGAAUCACACCCUGCUGAGCUCUCUCUAGUGUUUUCAGGAGAAUUUGCCAUGUAUUCUGAAGAGGGAUAUUUGUCAGCAAGAACUGUUGUUACAAUGAGGAAGUAAUCUGUGUAUUUUCCAUUGUUUCAGAAGAAAUCCAGUUAUAUUUCUAUGCUGUCAUUUUACACAUGUAUUUAUGUAGUGAAUGUACAUAUUGAGAUGAGAUGCACAGUUAUUGUUAUUGAUCUAUUGCAAAAAUAUGUAGAGAAUGCAAACCUAUACAUGAAGCUUGAAACUGUCUAUGACCAAUCAAGUUUACCUGUACUCUGGAAGUGUUUGAGAUGCCAGGUUGUAAUGCUUGAAAAUGUCUUAAAAAAGAUACAGUGAAUGUUACUGUUAAAUAAUAAACAAUAUGCCUUUUAAAGACGCUGGCUACUGCUUGCAUGGCCACAGAUCAAUCA